UUUGUAUGUGGAAUGUUGCAAUAAAAUUUGUGCUCCUUCUUACCAAACCCUGAACUCACUGUCUAUAAAUAGUCAGCAGCAUGUACCGUGCACCUACAAUCAAAUCAAAAUUAAGCUAACCUGUUAGAAAUGGAGAAGAGCAAGGUUCUUGUUGUAGGGGGAACUGGAUACAUAGGAAAGAGAAUUGUGAAGGCCAGCCUAGUACACGGGCAUCCGACGUAUGUUCUUCAUCGAAAAGAGAUCGGAGUGGACAUUGAGAAGGUGCAGAUGUUGUUGUCUUUCAAGGAGCAAGGAGCUCAUCUUGUUGAAGGAUCUUUCUCUGAUCAUCAGAGCUUGGUUGAUGCCGUUAAGCUUGUUGAUGUUGUUAUAUGCGCUAUCUCUGGGGUGCACAUUAGAAGCCAUCAGAUUCUUCUUCAGCUUAAGCUUGUUGAGGCUAUCAAAGAAGCUGGAAAUGUCAAGGUGAUAUUCUUUGAUCAAUGCAAUCAAAAUUUAUCAAGAUGAGAACACUAUUUUUCAGGUUUACCAUAUAAAUUGAAAUAUUUCAUAACUUGCAGUUUUCCCAGCCAGCCAUUAAUAAGUGAUCUUUUGCUAAAACAACGAAGUAUAUAUCCUAGGUUUUCUGAUAAAGUGGAUUUGUCCGCAUUUAAGUGAUCAAUCUCUAGAAAAAUUUAUGUGAAUCUUAAUUCAAAUUUGCUUGAACAGAUAAAAAGAGUUAGCUACGAUAUUGUACCCAAUACUAGAGCUUAAGAUGACCAAAAUAAAAGAAGAUUAAUGUUAGUCAAGGAUUUACAAAUACUAAGGAAAUUAUAUUCACAAUAUUAACCCUUAACAGAAAACUAAUUGAUUAGUGCAGGGUACUCCUGUUAUACAAACUCAAUCAAUCUUGUUGUGUUGGAGUUUUUAAUCAAAUAAAUGGUUAAAAGUUGGAACUAACUGUACUGAAGAAAGUAUAACUUGUUCACCAACUUUCUCAAUUAAUCACUGUCAGUAUCAAGACUUGCCGCAAUUGAAAGUG